AUGGCAAGCGGAGGAGGAGAACCAGCCGGAGAAACGGUCCAGGACAUGCAAACGGCGAUUUUGCAAAUCACCCAACUCUUGCAGCGGUUUGCGGUUCCCAGGCAGCCAAAUCCGGAACACACGUUGGAAGCCCUUUCUUCCAACAUCAGCGAGUUUUCUUUCAACCCAGAAAAUGGCGUCACAUUCAAGAAAUGGUUCGCACGCUAUACCGACCUUUUCGAGAGCGACGCGCAGCAUUUGGAUGAUGCAGCCAAGGUCCGGCUGUUGCUGCGAAAAUUGGACACCGCUUCCCACAGUCGGUAUUUGAAUUACAUCCUUCCAAGGCUCCCUAAGGAUGUUACGUUCAAGGACACCGUGGAAACGUUAAUCAAAAUUUUCGAAGAACAAACCUCACUUUUCCGACGCCGGUUCCAGUGUCUCCAACUGGCGAAAAGCGAAGGAGACGACAUCAUAACCUACGGCGGAAAGGUAAACCGAGCGUGUGAAGAUUUCGAUUUUGUGAACCUAACAAUCGACCAGUUCAAAUGUCUGGUUUUCGUGACCGGACUGAAGGCAUCCAAGCACGCUGAUAUUCGGACGAGAUUGCUCACCCGGAUGGAAAACGAGAGACCGGACGCACCAGUGACUCUUCAAACUCUCAUCGACGAGUUCCAGCAGCUCGUUAAUCUGAAAGCAGACACCAGCUUGAUUGAGCAUCCAGCCAGCCCGAAAGCAGCAGUACACGCCAUCUGUGAGAAGAAGAGACCAUCAGAAGUUCCCAAGCCCUCGUUUAAACCGGAAGCCAAAUCUCCAAAGACGCCGUGCUGGCAAUGCGGCCAGAUGCACUUCGUGAAGGAUUGCACAUACAGCAGCCAUCUGUGCAAAUCUUGCAACCGUGUGGGACACAAGGAAGGGUACUGCGGAUGCUUCACCAAGACUUCAAACGCGCCUGCUGGGGAUAAUUCCAACCAAAAGGGUAAGAAGAACCAGAAGAAGAAGACCAAGUACCAUGCCAACAUCGUUCACACUGUAAACCACACCGGUAAUCUCACCCGUUUCGUCACGACAAUGAUGAACGGACGUCAAGCCACACUGCAACUCGACAGUGGAUCACCAAUCACCAUCAUCAGUGAAGAGACCUGGAGGAAGGUUGGAUCACCUGCACUCAAGCCAUCGUCCUGUGAAGCACUUUCUGCAACCAAAGAUCCUCUGCCGCUGCUGGGGGAAUUCACCUGUCUCGUAGGAGUCAACGACGUCAUCAAGCCUGGACUAUGCCGAGUAACGUCAGUCAAGGGACUCAACCUGUUCGGCUCGGAAUGGAUGGACCUCUUCGAGAUGUGGACGAAACCAUUGUCAUCGUUCAUUAAUCAAGUGAAUCAAUCCAAUUCAAAUUCCUUUUCUGGAAAGCAUUUCCUCAUGCGGUUUCCCGAAGUUUUUCAGGACACUCUUGGGCAUUGCCAGAAAGCUCAAAUCAGUCUUCACCUGAAGCCAGAUGCCAGACCGAUUUUUCGACCCAAACGCCCGGUUCCAUACAACGCCAUUCCCUUGGUCGAAACCGAGCUCAAUCGUCUACAGCAGUUGGGCAUUAUCUCACCAGUAGAUUACUCCGACUGGGCAGCUCCUAUCGUGGCAGUUCGGAAGCCGGGUGGCAAGGUUCGAAUUUGUGCCGACUACUCCACUGGGCUGAACUCGAUGCUGGAGGCGCACAAUUUUCCGCUUCCCACACCGGACGACAUCUUCUCGAAGUUGGCUGGAAGCAAAGCGUUUAGCAUAAUCGAUCUGUCGGACGCUUACCUACAGGUUGAAGUCGACGAUGCAUCGAAGCGACUCCUCACCAUCAACACCCACCGGGGCCUAUUCAACUUCAACAGGCUGGCUCCUGGUGUAAAGUCAGCACCCGGUGCUUUCCAACAGCUUAUGCACACCAUGAUUGCUGGGAUUUCCGGUGUUGAGGUGUUCCUGGAUGACUUCAUCAUCUUCAGCAAAAACGAGGAGCAACACUAUCAGACGUUGUGCACCCUGUUCAGUUGCCUCCAAGAAUAUGGGUUCCAUCUGAAGCUGGAAAAGUGUCAUUUCUAUCAGCGGGAAAUCAAAUAUCUGGGGCACAUCGUCGACGCAAAUGGCCUACGCCCGGAUCCGGAGAAAACAGCAGCAAUUUCCACGAUGCCACGUCCAACCGAUAUUUCCACACUGCGAUCGUUCUUGGGCGCAGUGAAUUUUUACGGAAAAUUCAUCCGUGAAAUGCAUCAACUCCGAAGACCGCUGGAUCAACUUCUGAAAAAAGAUGCAAAAUUCGUUUGGAGUGCCGAAUGCCAACAAGCCUUCACCGACAUCAAGCAAGUUCUUCAGUCGGACCUAUUACUUACCCACUAUGACCCAGCGUUGGAGAUCAUCGUGGCGGGUGAUGCAUCCAACACCGGAGCGGUCAUCAUGCAUCGUUUCCCGGACGGUCGUAUCAAGGCAGUCGCUCAUGCGUCCAAGACUCUGUCGUCGGCUGAACAAAACUACGGACAAAUCGAAAAGGAGGCGCUCGCUCUGGUCUUUGCUGUCACCAAGUUCCACCGCAUGCUGUUGGGACGAAGGUUCAAGCUACAGACUGACCACCAGCCACUGGUGAAAGUCUUUGGAUCGAAGAAAGGAGUUCCCAUCCACACGGCAAAUCGGUUGAAGCGUUGGGCACUUACACUGCUUGGGUACGAUUUCGAUAUCGAGUUCGUAUCUACCAACAAUUUCGGCUAUGCGGAUGUACUAUCGAGGCUCAUCAGCAGCCACGAGCGACCAGAGGAAGAAUUUGUGGUGGCAAGUGUCAACAUCGAGCCCGAUCAGCAGUGCAUUCUGGACAGCACCAUCGAACACCUACCAGUCACAUUCGAUAUGGUGCAGAAAGCUACGUCAGCAGACCCAAUGUUGCAGCGACUCAUCCAGUACAUCAACUCCGGCUGGCCCAAGAACGGAAAAUCGAUUCAGAAUGUAGCAUUGCAGACGUUUUUCCAUCGGCGUGAAUCAUUAUACGUUGUACAAGGUUGCGUGAUGAUGAUGGAACGGUUGGUGAUUCCGGAGUGUUUCCGGAAGAAACUAUUGAAGCAGCUACAUCGAGGUCAUCCCAGAAUCGAACGAGUCAAAGCCAUCGCUCGGAGCAUCAUCUACUGGCCGAAGAUCGAUGACGACAUCACUGAGUACAUUCGAAGCUGUACCAGCUGUGCGAAUGCGAAAAAAUCUCCACCACAAGCAAAGCCACAUCCGUGGCAGACCGCAGAAGGUCCAUGGGAACGUAUUCAUUUGGACUAUGCCGGACCGAUCGACGGGUUCAGCUAUCUGGUCAUCGUCGAUUCCUUUUCCAAGUGGCCAGAGAUGUUCCAGACGAAAUCAACGACAGCUUCUUCGACGAUCGGGUUCCUCACUGAGAGCUUUGCCAGAUUUGGCGUACCGAAGGUAAUUGUUUCUGAUAAUGGAACCCAGUUCACUGGAUUCGAAUUUCGUUCCUUCUGCGAAAAGCUGGGCAUCAUCCAUUUCCGCACCGCACCGUUCCACCCCCAAUCGAAUGGUCAAGCGGAAAGAUUCGUCGACACGCUUAAGAGGUCACUGCGCAAAAUCCAAGAGGGGGAAGGAUUACGAGCAUCUGCAGCACUACAAACCUUUCUGCAGGUGUAUCGAGCAACUCCGUCCAAUCUGCUCGAGGGCAAAUCCCCUUCGGAAGUGCUGAACGGCAGAAAAAUGCGGACAACAUUGGAUUUGCUGAAGCCUUCGAACAUACUUCCACAACCACCGGUAGCAGCCAAGCCUUGCCAAGCACGGAAACUUGCAGCCGGAUCACUGGUAUUCGCGAAGGUGCACAAAAACAACACCACCUGGAAGUGGCAAUCUGGAGUCAUCAUUGAGGCGAUUGGGAAUGUACAUUACAAUGUACUUCUUGAUGCACCAUCCGGACGGAAGCGGCUAAUUCGUUCUCACAUCGAUCAACUUCGGACCAACGACACUGGAAAACAAAAAAAAACAGAAAUUGAACUACUGCUGAGCAUUCUUUUGGGCGAUUUCGGAAUGACAACAAAUGCGGAGUUUCCCGACGAAAAUUCUUCUUUUGUUUCAGCAUAAGAAUUUCCUGACCUUCCGGACGAUCCGGAACUUCCAGACGAUCCUGAACUGCCGGACGAUGAACCGGAGCCUAUUCAACCUGGACCAUUUUCUGCAGUACAUGGUUCUACGCUGGCACGAUCAAAGCCAAAACGAAACAUCAACCCUCCACAACGUUUUCAAGACUAUGUUCUUUCUUAGGGGGGAGAUAUUAGCAUCCCUAGUUGCUUUUACUAUAGUAGGCAUGAACUAGGAUGGUUACCAUUAGCAACGUGAUUGUUCACUUCAGUUAGUUUGAGCUGAGCACGAAAUAAAGAUAGACGCUUUUACUUAACACGUGUUCUUUUCAAUCGCAACAGAUUGGGUUAGCUUUUCAUAGUUUUCUCGGUUGAAGAUAGGGGGAACAUAUUUUUUAUAUUUUUACUGGAAAACUGAGGUAUUUUUACAUAAUAUAGCCGAAAAACAGAGAGCUGUUAUUUUUCAUUUUUGAGUUAUUAUUAUUCAAAUUUAACAUGUUUCAAGUCUUCGUUCAAUAUUCCUAUGUGACUAGACUAGAUCUAUGCGACUAGAAUCCAAUC